AUGGUUUCAGAGCUGAGUCUGGUUCUUGUUGGGAAGACUGGAGCAGGAAAGAGCUCCAGUGGAAACACUAUACUGGGAAGAAAUGCUUUCAGGACAACAUUCAAACACUUCUCAGAGACCGCUGAAUGCUCCAAGCAGCGAGAUGAGGUUUUCAACAAGAUGGUUUCUGUUGUCGACACUCCUGGUCUCUUCGACACCUAUCAGUCUGAUGAUAAAGUGAAGAGAGAAAUCUCUAAAUGCAUCAACAUGUCGGCCCCCGGGCCCCACGCUAUUCUGCUGGUCAUCAAAUUUGGGCCUUUCUCAAAAGAAGAGAGAGAUGCUGUGAUGAAGGUGGAGGAGAUCUUUGGAGAGGAGGCCUGGAAGUACACCAUCAUCCUUUUCACCCAUGCAGAUGAAGCUCCUUCUGAUUUUGAUCAGAAAUUGCAAACAGUUCGACCUGAGCUACAAGAAAUCCUAAAGAAGGCUGGAAACAGAUACCACCUUUUCAACAACCGUCAAGUGAACAAUCGUCGACAAGUUCUGGAUCUGUUGGAGAAGAUCCAGGAGAUGGUGAACGACAACGAAGGGAAGUUUUUCUCAAAUGACAUGUAUCAAAACACAAUGAAGAUGUUGGAUCAGAGAGAGAAAGAGCUGAAGCAGUUAUAUGAGCAGACACUAAAGGAGCAAAUAGAAGCUGUAAAGGCAGAAUAUGAGGCACUGCUGAAAGAAGCUAAAGAGGAACGAGACCAGCUGGAGAAACGACAACAAUUGGAGCUGGAGGAGUUGAAGCGUUACUACCAUGCCUUAGAGAGCGGAGUCCGUCACGUUGUGGAGCAGAUGACCAAAGAUGAUAACCCCGAUGAACUCCUCAAGAAUUUUUACAAAACCCUUAAACUGAACUAGGUAUGGGUAGCUUUCACAUUUG